AUGCAAAUUUUAUCCGUUAUUGGGACGGCCGUCAUUAUGGCGUUUAUCAGCUGCGCGGGAGCCUCGCCGACUCAUCAGGCUCGAGAUACGUCCUCCCUUUACCCCAACAUUGCUGAUACUAGCCACGCUACGCCUGCACUCGUCGAUUUUCUUCACGACUUUUUCACUAUCAAGAGCCUUCACGACAUAGAUGGCUGGGCGUCGUACUUUGCACCCAGUGGAGAUGUCUAUUUCGACGCUAUAAUCGGCUUCGGGGUGGAUAAAGCAAAUAUGCCAUCUGCCUUUUCGCAAUUUAUAAGCCAGGGCAAGCCGGACGGGAGAUCCUAUCCCCUUAAGAUCAUCGGCGACAUGAACAGUGCGGUAGUUUUUGGUGAAGAUACGCCAGACAUGUUUGGAUUUGAAACUCGCACUAUAGCCGCCGUGGACUUCAAAGACGGCAAAGUUGCGCGAUGGGUGGACUACUGGGAUGGGCGACACGACGGGCUUAUUGCAUUGAAAAGCCCUAGCGACGAGUUCCCCAAGACAUUUGGCGAAUCCAACAUAACAACGACACCGAAUCCUGUGAUACAGAAUGUUACUUCCCAACUUAACGACGCCCUUUCAACUGGCAACAGCAUUGUAGCCGCAUCGCUGUUUUCAUUCGAUGCCAUCUUUGAAGAUCGUACCACGCGGACUCGAAUAGAAGGUCGAAAUAGCAUACAGCAAUACCUUUUUCGAGCACUGACCAGUGUACCUUACGGUAAGGGUACUACCGUUCGACAUGUUGUAGGCUCCUCGGGGGGCGGUGCCUACGAGUGGAUCGGUUCCCCUACAGCGCCUACUCAGAAUGGCAUAUCGGGUUUCAAGCUGGACUCUAAUGGCAGCAUCACAAAACUUUCUACUGUGUGGGAUUCCUCGCAGGUGAAUAAUGCAACCAUGGAGAUGCUCGUUCAACUUGCCGUUCAAUUGUAA